AUGGCAGGUGACCCCUUGAAACGUAAUCAGAAUCUAUAUUGCGCAUACCAUCAAAAGCCAGGCCACACCACCGAUGAUUGCAGGAAUCUGAAAAACCACUUGGACCGGCUAGUCCGAGAGGGGAAGUUGAGACAUUUAUUGCAUCACCCUGUCGGAUGGCAGGAACAAUCAAACAUCGAAACCAGGCAAAGUGCAUUGAGGCCGCCCAUUGGCACAAUAAAUGUCAUCCUCGCUGCACCUGGAAGGACUGGAUCCAAUCCUCUCAGAGUAAUGUCAGUGGGCAGGCUCCCGUCUGAAGCCGAUGGCAGGGAAUCUAAAAGGGCCAAAGUGAGUCCCACACCCUUAAUCGGAUUCUUGGAUAAGGACAAACUGGGAACCCUUCAACCCCACGACGACGCCCUAGUCGUCACGCUCAGAAUUGGGGGUUAUGACGUCAAGAAAGUGCUAGUUGAUCAAGGCAGCGCCGUGGAAGUAAUGUAUCCCGACUUGUAUAAAUGA